AUGAACACACAUGAGCUGACUCCAAUAACAGCAUCAGUGCUGAAGGAUGAACAGGGUCGCCCAUUUAUCGUCGUUCGCGACCAAGGAAAGAAGAAGAGACAGCACGGUACCGAGGCUGUCAAGGCACACAUUGUGGCUGCUAAGACCGUGGCUAGCAUUGUCAAAACUUCUUUGGGUCCCCGUGGUCUCGAUAAGAUUCUCAUCUCUCCUGACGGCGAUAUCACAGUCACUAAUGAUGGCGCCACUAUUCUCGGCCAGAUGGAGAUUACAAACAAUGUUGCUAAGUUGCUGGUCGAAUUGUCUAAGUCUCAGGAUGAGGAAAUCGGUGAUGGUACAACCGGUGUCGUGGUGCUGGCUGCGGCCAUGUUGGAGCAAGCUUCGGAGUUGAUCGAUAAGGGCAUUCACCCUAUUCGCAUAGCAGACGGAUACGAUCAGGCCUGUGAGAUUGCAGUGGCGGAGCUGGACAAGAUUAGUGAUGAGAUUCCUUUCACUCGCGACGACACAAGCAACCUUCUCAAGGUCGCUAAGACCAGUCUGGGCAGUAAGAUUGUCUCCAAGUCUCACGAUCAAUUCGCCAAGAUUGCUGUGGAUGCCGUACUCUCUGUUGCCGACCUGGAGCGCAAGGAUGUCGAUUUCGAACUGAUCAAGGUUGACGGCAAGGUUGGAGGUUCCCUCGAGGAUUCUUUACUCGUGAAGGGUGUCAUUGUCGACAAGGACUUCUCCCACCCGCAGAUGCCCGACGAAGUUACCGACGCCAAGAUCGCUAUCUUGACCUGCCCAUUCGAGCCCCCGAAGCCCAAGACCAAGCACAAGCUUGAUAUCACCUCAGUUGAAGAGUUCAAGAAGCUUCAAGAGUAUGAGAAGGAGAAGUUCACAGAGAUGAUCCAGCAGCUCAAGGAAUCAGGAGCCAACCUGGUUAUCUGCCAGUGGGGUUUCGACGAUGAGGCCAAUCACCUUCUCCUUCAGAACAAGCUUCCCGCCGUCCGAUGGGUUGGUGGCCCGGAGAUUGAAUUGAUCGCCAUUGCAACCAAUGGCCGUAUUGUGCCACGUUUUGAGGAUCUGAGCGCCGACAAGCUGGGUACUGCUGGUCGUGUGCGUGAGAUGUCUUUCGGCACUACCCGUGAGAAGAUGCUUGUCAUUGAAGAGUGUGCUAACAGCCGGGCUGUCACUAUCUUCAUCCGUGGUAGUAACAAGAUGAUCAUUGACGAGGCUAAGCGAUCACUACACGAUGCCCUCUGCGUGGUACGAAACCUGGUUCGUGACAACCGUGUGGUUUACGGUGGUGGUGCUGCGGAAAUUGCUUGCUCUAUUGCUGUCGAGGAUGCCGCUACUAAGAGCCCUGGUAUCGAACAAUACGCUAUGCGUGCCUUUGCGGAUGCACUCGAUGCCGUGCCACUGGCCUUGUCUGAGAACUCUGGUCUGAGCCCGAUUGAGACUUUGGCUUCUAUCAAAUCCCGCCAGGUCAAGGAGAAGAACACCCGGCUUGGUGUUGACUGCAUGAACACUGGCAGCAACGACAUGCGGGAGCACUUCGCUAUUGACCCCUUGAUCGGCAAACGCCAGCAGCUCCUCCUCGCUACCCAGCUUUGCCGCAUGGUUCUCAAGAUCAACAACGUCAUUAUCUCUGGCGACGAUGAGUCUGAAUUCUAG